UACGAAAGAACUUCAAAAUAAAUAAACAUAUAGAAAAUGUACUCCGAUAAACGGCUGGAUAAGUCUAGUUUGGCGACGCCAGCAACAAUGAUGCCAACCACUAUUAAUGAUGUGCAUCAUACGCACACAUUAACACAUGUGCAUACACAUCAUCAUCCCUUGCAUCCACACCAUAUACAAACACUACAGCAUUCACAUCCACAUCCGCAUCCGCAUACACCACAUCCGCAUGCCCACGCGCAUCCUCAUCACGUACUGCAACAACAAAUGCAGCAUUUACAACAUCAGCAACAACAUCAACAACAUGCGUCGAUGUUAACACAACAGCAACAGCAACAGCAACAACACCAACAGCAACACCAACAACAGCAUCAACAACAAACACAACAAAGAUCACAUCAAAAUCAACAGAUGCAACAUCAAAUGCCUUUGCAUCCACAACAAUCGCAGCAAACACAACAGCAACAACAGCAUUCACCAACGCAACAACAAACCACACAUCAUCAACAUGUUGCAAAUCAAAGUCAGCAGCAAACGCAACAGUCACAACAACAACAACAGCAGCAGCAGCAGCAACAACAACAACAGCAAUCGGCUAUGUUCACGCGGUACGUAGAGUAA